CUUUUUGUUUCCCGCCAGCUACCUUCAUACAAUAGCAUCGCUAAGAUUAACAACAGGUGGCGAUUCCUCAAAUAUGAGCCCUCUCUCGCCCUCCCUCCCAUUUUCAUUUUGCCUUUUUGCAUUUUUUGUGGAUUUCCAACCGUUUCCUCACAAUCUGUGGAUCCAAUCAUUACCGAACUCUUUCUUUUUCUUUCCUCCUUCGUCGCCGUUCCCGAGAAUUCUCUGUUCCACGGAGCCUUCAGAAGCGUAGGGCGACUUGUUAAGAAACCUAACAAAUUGAAUUCAUUGCCGUUUCGUAGCGGAUCGGAUUGUCAAUUCCGAGUCCAAACAUGAACGAGAAGGCCUCCGUCUCCAAGGAGCUCGAAGCCAAACAUACUAAGAUUCUGGAAGGCCUUCUCAAGUUACCGGAAAACAGGGAAUGUGCGGACUGCCGGAGCAAGGCUCCACGGUGGGCAAGUGUAAACCUUGGAAUUUUUAUAUGUAUGCAAUGUUCGGGUAUUCAUCGGAGUCUUGGAGUACAUAUUUCAAAGGUACGAUCUACUACCCUUGAUACAUGGCUACCGGAACAAGUUGCAUUUAUGCAGUCUAUGGGAAAUGAGAGAUCAAAUUGUUACUGGGAAGCAGAAUUACCGCCAAAUUUUGAUAGGAAAGAGAAUCAAAUGUUCAUUCGUGCCAAGUACGAAGAGAAAAGGUGGGUUUCGAAAAACAGAACACAUCCAGCUCCACAAUUAGGUGGAGCGAGAAGUGUUUAUUGUGAUUCGGUUGAAAUUGGACCCAGAAAUUCCAUUUCAAAGAAAAUGAGGAACUUUUCUCUUGAGGAAGAGAUUCUCACAAAGCACGUGACAAGAGCAACUCCCACGGUAGCAAAAGCACGCGGGAAUUCUUUAGAUAUGAGGAACCAUAUGAUUGCUUCAGCUCCUCCAAGAGGGCCUUCGUUUGUGAAAGAAAUUGACCCAUCGACAAAAAAUACAAAUCAGUCCCCAGAUCUCUUCAAAUAUGUCCAAGAUGCAAAAAAGGACUGCUCUAGUGUAAUUCCAGCACGUUGGGCAACUUUCGAUUGACGGCUAAUCUUACACGAGGUCUGCCUGGCUUGGUGAUAAAUUACCCAUUUGUGGUGGUUAAAUUUGGAGGAAGCAUAUCUUGUCAACAAGGUUUGUUUCUUCCAUAAAACUCCAAUCGUCUUUUACGCACCAAAAGAAAUAAAUAUGUUUACCAUUUAUUUAUAUUUCUUUGAUUAAGACCCAUCACAUUUAUGAUCACCUGUUCCACUUGGCCCAGAUUGUUUAGAGGAUGAAUUUAUUUUUCAAUUCACAUAAAUUGAGUUUGUUGAAUGUCUUAGAUUUUCUAUUUUUUUAGUACAAUAUUUACGGAUAGGAGAUUGAACCUUGAAGAAGUGAGCGCUUUCCAAGUUUCCAACUAUUAUUAAACUAAGCUUUUGCUUUAGCCUUUUUCAAUAAGUAUUAUAAGAGAUCUUAUUAUCCAAAAUUAA